AUGGGUCUAUUCGGCCACAUACGCAUCCACGAGAGCGGAAUUGACCGCAGCCUUGACACACCCACCCCACCGAGCCCCACUCCCAAUCCACCACCUUGUGCACCCACUAACCACUCCCCAGGCGACAUCGACGCCACCGACUUUACCACCCCCCACUCCUCCCCUUCCUCCUCCUCUUCCUUCAUCACUGCCACAACGACGGCCGCUUCGGCGUCUGUCGCCCACGACCUCACCACAGCAGAACCUGUCACAACAACAGGCACAACCCCUGCAACCUCCAUCAUCAGACGUGAGGGCCAGGACUACAUCUGCCCUCACUGCGAUCGCACCUUCACUUCACGCAUCGGCCUGGUCGGUCACUUGCGAAUCCAUCGCACAGAGACUGGCGAACCAGUGCCUGGAGCACCAACCUACACUCACCGCACUCGCCUCCACUGCCCACACUGCCCUCGCACCUUCAGGCAUCGCAUGGGUCUAUUCGGCCACAUGCGCAUCCACGAGAGCGGAAUUGACCACAAUUCCGAUACAGCCACGACAUCCAACAUAUCCACCACGCCCCGACCCAUCCUCGCUCCACCGUCGCACGCGCCGACCACCACCACCAACACCACUGCUUCCUCUACAGCUGACACCGACACCGCCGACCUCUCAUGCCCACAGUGUCCACGCACCUUCACCUCACGCAUCGGCCUGGUCGGUCACUUGCGAAUCCAUCGCACAGAGACUGGCGAACCAGUGCCUGGAGCACCAACCUACACCCACCGCACUCGCCUCCACUGCCCACACUGCCCUCGCACCUUCACGCAUCGCAUGGGUCUAUUCGGCCACAUGCGCAUCCACGACGACCUGCGGUAG